AGAAGCUGGUGGUUGCCGCGCUCGAGGAGAUCGCAGCGGAAGGGCCUCGAGGAUGCGAUCUUGCCAAGCUUUGGUCCCUGAUCCAAUGUGCUCCGGCGGCGGCGGCGCUUGGGGCCGAUGUUCUCGACGAUCACAUCAAACAGGAGAUCUGGAGGAGCUUGCUGCGGGUGCCGGGGUUGAGCAUCACUGACGCGGCCGGGGGAGCCUGUGAUUCCAGCUUGGUGGAGACGUUUGAAACGGCAGAGAGAAUGGGAGUCGUCGCGGUGGCCUCGCAGGAGCUACGAGACGGGUGCUUGGGGCUAUACGAUAUCAGCCAUGCCGACACACAGCCUUCUCAAAUCCAGCACGCCAUUCUCGAGCGUCUGGCAAGUGCACGGACGAAAGGAGUGACCCAGAACGAGCUUGGGAAAGAGUUCAAAGUGGAAGGAAACAAGCUCUUUUACAUCCUCAGGAGUCUGGAAGUCAGAGGCCUCAUAGUGAGGAAGUCGAUACUUUUGCGCAACAACAAGAAGAACAGCUCCAUCGUUGUCACCAACCUUGUGCAUCUCGCUCGGUAUGCACUAAACAUGUCCCUGAAUUCACACCAGCGUCUAGAAUCCAACACGGUUGAGGAGGCCGGGGAGGGCUCUCCCAAUGGUGGAAAACAGUUGACGAUAAACGAUGAUGUGCCGGCAAUGAGAGCCAUUUGUGAGAAGCUUCAGGAAGCUGAUGGAAAGGUUCUUGUUGUGUCCGAUCUGAAAUUAACACUGGGGUACCGUUUGGCAGCUGGUCAUCGUGCAUGGCGACGACUUGUGAAGAGAUUAGAAGAAGGCGGGUAUGUUACUAAUAUUAAAGCAAAAAUUGGUCGGAAGGAGAAGCCUUGUCUCCAGCUGUUGAAGCCGUUUAAUGACCUUGAGCAGCAGUCUCCUGCAGGCGAUGGUGACAUCGAGCUCAAGGGUCCGAAAAGAGGACAGGUUACACAACAACUUGUUGAUCUUUCAGUUGAUCAGCAGAUCUACAACAUGAUUGACGAUGAAGGUGCCGAUGGUGUGACAAUGAUGGAGGUAUGGAAGCGGAUUGGCUUAAACAAUAAGCGGAAUUACUAUCGCAUCCAGAACAUGACAGUGAAACAUGGUCUUCUUUUUGAAGCUGAAAACCACAAGCGAUCCACUAUUUAUCGGCUAAGAACCACAAAGAGAAAACGCAGUGACAGUGAGAACGAAAACGACGAUGAACCCAGAGAAACUGGUGCCGAUCCCGAUUCAUUAUUCAAAAUGGAAGUUGAAGAAGAUGCCAAUGCCGUUGUGGCAUCUCUCCAACAAGAGGGAGCAGCGAGUACAAGCAGUCCAGCUGACCAGACGGCUCCAGCUGCUGCAUUUCCUCCUCCAUCGCUCUUCCGGAAAGGACAGGCAUAUCCUUGUCUCACCGUUACAACUACAAGUAUUCAGCGAGAGAAACAUAUCUUGGCGCGGUUACAGGAAGAAAAGUUUCUCGUGCGAGCUGAGCUGCAUAGGUGGCUGGAGAGCAUAAGCUCUCAAAAGACCACUAUGGACCGUAAAACGCUGAUUCGGACACUUGAGAAGCUGCAGAGUGAAGGGAAAUGCAAGUGCGUCACGCUCGAAAUCCCAGGGACAACAAACUGUGGCCGCAAACGCAAGGCAGACAUCGUCUUGCUUCCGUCAGUAGACCUGGACUUCGACCUUUUGAACGCGAUUCAUGAGCGCAUCCGAAAAGCUGAGACCGACAAUCGACUCCAGGGACGAGAGAAAAGCGCAGCGGCAGGCUCGACAGCGGUUGUAGUGACGGGGUUGAAGAGAAUGAAGUUGGAACACAGGAAGCCUCUUCUUGACCCAAGCACGAAGCCGGUGGCACUUCAAGAAAAUGGCUAUAUUCCUGCUAAGAUGGUUCGUGUCCGUAUGCUGCACCAUUUUCUCUGGAGCUACACUAACAAUCAGCACAUUGGGAAUGGGUACAGAAUUUUCGGCUUAACGGACGCUUUGCUGACGAUGCCACUGGAAUUGUUCUUACAAGUGGUUGGUUCGAGCAGGUCCAUCAAUAACUUGGCCGAGCGCUGUAAGCAAGGUACGCGUAUCUGUGAACUUUCUCCAACCGAGCAGGCCGCUCUUCUUGAUUCUACGGCUGGGGGACGGCUGGCUUGGCUGGUGGACGUACUUCGCCGGCUCAAGCUUCUCCGCUUCGCGCUCGACUGCCCGGUUUCUCCGCAAGCCACAGGUCAAUUUGGUAGCAUAACCCUGAUGGAAGCCACUGUAUCCUACGCGAUGGAGGAGCAAAUAUAUAUUCAGGAGCCUCCUCCACCCCCACUUCAUGCCUGGACGAGUAAAACUGCACCUGAUUCCUUGACUCAACACAAUUUCGACAUUGUUUCUGAAGGACAACUCGAAAAAUACUGGGAGUUUUUGGAAUAUUUCUACUCGGGGGCAGACCCAUCCAUUGCUCGACAUGCUUUUCCGGGAUCAAACGUUCCUGAAGUAUUUGGUUUGAGAUCCUGGACAUCGCUACGUGUGAUGACUAUGGACCAGCGCAACGAGCUUUUCAAGCGACUGAACGAUGUAGAACGUUUGUCAGUGAAGGAGUGCGCUCAGGUUUCAAAGGAUUUGAACCUUACGCUCCAGCAGGUCCUGCGGUACUCGUAUGAGAAAAACCGGAGACUACGAUUACAAUCUUUAAAGGCUGCCGACGACUUCAUGGAAGUGUUCAGGAACAUUUCAGAUUUGCCUGGUGAAACUUUCCCUUCCAAAGACGUUACGAAACAGAUCACAGAAGUUGCAAACGACGACGCGAGUGGUGGAGACGAAAUUGAUGACAAUGGCAACCAUGGCAAUCAUAUCAGUGUUAACAAGUUAAAACCAGCGAGGUCGAGAUUUCCUUGGUCUGAUAGCGUGGACAGGGUGGUUGCCUUCGCAUACGCAAAGCACCGGGCACUUACAAUGAAUCGUAUAAUCUGGAAAGAAGUGAAAGAUCUUCCUGCACCUCCAAUGACGUGUCGCAGGCGGAUAUCACAAUUGAAGACUGAACCUACUGUAAAGAAGGCGCUUUUCAACCUUUGUUCGCUACUAGCUGCUCGUUACGAUCGAUACUGCAGUCUCGAAGACCAGGAAGGUGGAGGCGGAGGCUUCGAAUAUGAUCCAGAGGGAUGUGACAUGACCGGGUUCAAAGAGGCAGAGAGUCGUCGCUAUUCUGAAUACUACUGGGAUAAUCCAAGGGAUCCUGCGGUGGCUUCUGCGCUGGACGAGUUUAUCAGGUGCAAGAAUCUCUCGCGCUCAGCUGUUAACAGGCAGAUCCCAAAGAAGGGUGUUACGGGGUCGGGCAGCAACGCGCUUGCAAACAGCAUAGAGCCACACCGGCUUUUGAAGACACAAGGGGUGGCAACAAAAGUUUCGGUAAAGAAACGGGCCAAACGAGCAGCGAAAAGAAGGCCAGCUUCUCUUCAGAUUGCGAAUCCCGAGCAAGUUGUUCGUGCGUCUCUUGGAGCUGCAAAUGCCGUGGAGUUGAUCAAGCUCAUCUUUCUCAACUCGUAUGUCAGCGACGGUCGUGUACAAGUGCCGAAGGCUUUUGUAGACGGCCUCCAUCAGUUCAGACACUCGGAUGUACAUGCAGCGUUUAGUUUCCUGAAGGACCGAACCAUGGUGACUUCCGGCGGUGGUGAACUCUCAUUUUCGUUGUCAGAAGAGUUCAACGCGAAUGCCUUCUCAAGUCCUCUUCCGAGUACGACCUUCCACGAGUUCAUGGCCUUCUCCGAGUGGUUUCAGCAGCACGAGGGAGAGCUAGAUCAAGGCUGGGUUCCGUACGAUUUGGAAGAAAAUUAUGGACAGCUUGUACACCUCCUUGGAAGGGUGACAGCCGGUGAGCUACGACUAAUGCCAAGACUUCCGCGGGAUGGAAUUGGUGAAAGCGAUGAUCCUAGAACCAUUGGAUGCUGUAUAAAGAGAAGGUUUGACAGUGCGGAGGCUGAACUGGAAGACUGUACUGCCAAGGCGAGAUUAAGGGGUCUUGGGGGGCAGGAUUACUUUCAAGCGGCUCGUCGCGAGAGAGGCUUUCCAGAUAUUCAGACUCUGGUACACCGCGAGGCUUUUACUACACCAAGUUUGCUGCACUCGCUGAGCAUCGAAGAGGACAAUAUUCUGAUAGAUUUCCCGUCUCACACCGAAGAAGGGGAACAAUACCACGACGAUGCAGGCAGCCUCUGCGAACCUGAGACUUCGGAAGCAGCAAUGCGAGCAAUCCAAGACGGUGGUGAGGAAGGCCUCAGUAUGGAAGAGCUAGGGACGCGCUUGGGAUUGUCCGGAAACCCGCGUGAUAUGUCUCGAGCCGAGCAGUACGUUAAGGAGCUGGAGUGGUCAGGUCGCGUGAGACGGGUGAAUGCUUUUGACCACGUCCGUGCGGUAGUGCAGCCUCACUCAAGGCGUUACAAUCUUCGAUUUCCGAGCACGACAGAAGCAGAAGGAGAGGAUGCGGAGACGGAAAACACUCAACCGAUCCUUCCCUGGUUCACUUCCCAAGGGACUGUCAACACAAGCGUUUUGACGGAUUUGAGUCGCCGUGUUAUAGGCAUUGUCAUGGCCAGUCCUGGCAUUUCCGAGGAGAAUCUCCUUCGGCAGAUGGACGUGUUGAAUCCACAGACUGCUCGGGAACUGGUCAACUUGCUUCUUGUGGAUGGUAAGAUCGUUAUGAGAAGCUCGACGUUGGAAGCAGUGGCUCCUCCUCCUUUGCUGGGCAACCUCACCACCAAGAGAUGUCACAAAGUAGUACAUUAUUAUGUAAAUAGUCUGGACACUCUGGCCGUUUAGUAUGUAUAAAUCACGAAGAAUAAAUGGUAAAGUUAAACCAUAUUAAAACUUUCA